AUGUCGUUCAGGAGGACAACAAGUUUUAGGACAGUAAAAGGAUCCGGGCAAGGCUUCAACCGAUCCCAAGGACCUUGGAAUACCUUCUGCGGAGCAACGGUACCUCUUCCCCUUCCCCGGGGCCGAGGGAUAGGGGUUGGGUACCGGAAAGGGCGUCUAAAAGGAGCGUCCAAUGAAGCGGUUCGAUCUCCCUCGUUUAGGCCGAUACAGGCUGCCCCAAGAUUGGGACUUUGUUCCGUAUGGCAAAUCUCACUAAUAGUAUUAGCGGAAGGAAGAGGCCCGAGGUCCCUGUCCCUACCAAACGAACAAACUAAUUACUUUAUUCCUUUACGCGCGAGGAAAAGAACUCCUAGCCUGGAAGUCCCCCUUCCUCUCGAAGAACCUCCGACCAAUCCUGCACGUAGACCACUUCCCCCGCUCGGACUAGCCUUUCCGAUCAUUCCGCUGGCUUUUCUCGAUUUACCCAUCCGUACAUGUACCGUAGUUCUAGUGGAACCUCCGACUCUACAUCCGGAAGACAAGUACCAGCGAACUACGGGUAAACGCGAACUCCAGAACAACGGACAGCGCGAGAAAUGUCGCAAGAGUGAACAACGAGGAAUCGACCUAGGUCAGGCCAUAGAACUACGAGAAGUCCAGGUCGAACAACGGGGAGUCCUUAACUCGGUAGCACGGGUCAAGCCAGAUCGAAAGGCCGGUCUUUCAGACAAGUGUUGCUAG